UAGAUCCCAUGGGUAUGUAGCUUUUAGCCUCCCUCGUCUCCUAUAUUACAGACCUUGGUGUCCCCCCCCUCCUUCCCCUCCCUCCCUCUUACUCUCUCACCGUCACACUCGUGCACACCUUGGCCCUUUCUAUCACUUCCUUAAGCACCAGGCUCCCACCGCCCCCUACAUUCGAUACAUCAUCUUCACAGUAAGGCAGCAUUUAGAACCUCGACACAAUGACUUCCCCACAAGUCAACGGAGACGUUCCACAUUCGACUGGCGACUCGUCAUCCUCGGCAUUCCUUCAGCAUCUCUUGGGGUACCCUGUCAUCAACGAUGGCAUAACAACCUUCAAGUCGAACCCCUACGGGCAACGGUCGAUAGCUCUCAGCGACUCUGCUUACAAGACCUUCGCUGCGCCCGUCCUCCCUUACUUCGCCAAGCCAUACCAGUUCGUCUCGCCGUACAUCAAGAAGGCCGACGAUCUUGGCGAGAAGACCCUGUCCAAGGUCGAUAAGCGGUUCCCUGCCGUCAGGAAACCCACGGAUGAGCUUUACCAGGAUGCUAGGGACCUGGCACUGCUCCCGUACCGAGUCGGGCUUGCUGGCAGGGACCACGUACUGAGCACCUAUUCCUCGGCGAAGUCGAAGGCUGGCGGUGAUAAUCUGGUAUCGUACGGCAAGGCGCUCAUCAACACGGCGGUGAUUGUCACGACGGAGGCUUUCGCUACCGUUGGCAGCGUCAUCAGCCCCAAGAACAGCGAGAGAUCAUCGCAAACCGUGAACGGGGAUGAGAAAGGCAUCAACUAGCCGGCCUCGAAGAGUCAUCAUCUUCAGCGAGACCUCCCGUCGGUGCCUCAGCUGCCUUUCAAAUAUACCCACACCCCACGACGGCCAUCAGAUGAUAUAGCGCACCGGUUUCUUCACAUUGUCGGUUGGAUUGGUCUUUAAAAAAAAUACCCACUUGCCGUUUAUGGCCCUUUCAGUUUGCUCAGGAGGUUGUAGAUGGACUCAAAGUAAUUCUUUCCGUUGGAGGUCAUAGAGGCGGUGUAAAGUUAGACGGUAUUCUGGCUCCCGACCUUUGCUAAAAGAAAAACAAAGUUGAUAGAUUUCUCCUCAUUUUACCUUUGCUCCAUCUCUCUUACUGUUCCUCUGUCACAUGACGAGUGCCUAGCUUACCAGAUGAAAAUAAGCCCUGAGUGAUGGCUGACUCCUCUCCUGUUCAAAUGAUUGGCCAAAGAUUACAUAGUGUUUUGUAAGCCAGGAUGGCGGGUGUAA